UUCAGGGGCAAAAAAUCAACUUCGUGGGCCCGUCGAAGCUCCUCAGACACCAAUGAUCACGCCAAUCUCGGGCCCGCUCACCGAGAGACGAUUGGUAUGAGAUGUGGCGCAGAGUUACGCUGUACCACCAGCAUGUCUCAAAUUUCUAUCGUAAGGUUUGUGAAGUCGACCACUUUACUAUACGGUUCGGAGGAGUUGGGCCAAGUCAGUGAUUGAAGGGAUAUCAAGAAGCUGACAGUUUUUCAUCCGACAAAAUCAUCUUCUUUUUCUUCUUUUCCUAUCUUUUUUUCACCUUUUGAAUUUUGACGCGGACGGCAUUUCAGACUCAAGUUUGAGGCCAUGCUCUCAAGUCGCCCGCCGCCUUCAUCACCACCUGAUUGAGAUUUAUUUCUCUUUUCCAGCCUCUCGACGAUCACAACAACAACAAUUAACGAUAACGAACUCGGAUCAGAGCUCAGUUUCUCGCGCGCGGUUUCCGUCUGGCACGACCUGUCCAUGUCGCGCCCGGACCUUGUUGAACUCUCUAGUCCUUCUUAUUACUCAAACCCAUAUCUCUCUAGUUCUGGUGGCUAUGGCUCCAGGAGCGGUCACCAUUCGCCAGCCAGGUCAUUCGGCUUCGGUCGAAAAGCUGCAUCCGUCGUAUACGACCCUAUCCUCACGCCACAAGAUGAAUACGACAGCCGAGGGUUGAGACCAGGUUUCGAUCGCCCUCCACCCGCAUCUACCGACCUUGGAACGGGCAGGGUUGGCAAGUUCGGGGUGGACUUGAUCUUGGAAGUCGCCCUCUGCACAUUCGCUGUGGGUGCUGCUGUUCCGUUCAUCUGGUUGGCAGUGGUGGUUUCAAAGUACGACGGUGACCCAGUGACGGAGCACAAAACGAACUAUGUCCGACAAGCCACGAGCACGAUUUCUACUUUGUUCACCAUCCUCUUUGCCGCUGUCCUCGGAUCGACACUGAAACGUUUCGCAACAUGGCGCUUGGAAAAGGGGAUCCGGCUUGGCCUGUUGGAGCAAAUCAUGCAGAGCAGGACCGUGUUCUCGGCCUUCACGACUCAACUGUCUUUGCGAAAUGUCAAUGUCAUGUCCCUCGUGCUGCUGGUGUGCUGGACGUGCUCGCCUCUGGGCUCCCAGGCGUCGCUGCGCCUGUUCUCGACUGGCAUCGAUCUGAAGACGAGCAGCGGUCUGGUCGACUAUCCCGACACCAUAACCAAUCAAGUCUUUGACGGCGUGUCCAGCGUCGACUCACUCCUGACGGCUCUCAAACCUACUUACAUCAGCUCCAUAUUGGCUUCGAACGCCAUGAAGUCCGGCACGAUGGACCUCUGGGGCAACGUCAGAAUUCCCUGGCUCGACGGAACCCUACCCCAAACCCAAGACGGCUGGACCGAUCUUUCCAACAUUAACAUCCCGGAGGGCAUGUACUCUUCUCUGGUCGGUCUGCCGGUUGCGUCGCUGGCGAACCGCAAUUCUACGUUCGGCGUCGAAACCACGUACAUGAGCCUCGACUGCAAGACGUCGCAGCCCGACGAACUCGUCGACAUCAACUACAACGUGACGGCGGGCAACGGCACGUUCCUCGGCGCCAACGCCACGAGCCUCGAGACGGCCGAAGUCAUCUACCCCUUUUGGCGUGUGGCCAUGGACCAAUUCGUCAACAACAACCUCUACUUUUACGGUUAUCCGGAACUUUUGGUCAACGUGACGGACAACGACCUCCCACAGGCGACCUUUUUGUUCCAGACACGCGGGCCGUGGGUGGCGCGUUGCAAAAUCAACCAGAUGUAUGUCGAGAGCAACGUAUCGUGCCGGACAACGACGAGGCAUUCGAGUGUAUCGUCGUCGUCGUCGUCGUCGUCAGACCUCAAUGACGAGGGCGGCAACACUCUUCUGCCAAGCUGCGCGGUCGUGGCACAACGCAAAUCCGUGAGGCACCACUCCCCUUCCACGGUCACGACUUUUAGUUUUCCGACCACGUUUGACAUGAUGGCUUCGCACUGGAUCAUGGCGACCGACCCGCUCUUGAGUUCGGCUUACUCCAGCCUGAGCGAGUACUACCUGCAAAACACUUCGGCUGGAUUCAUCCUCAGUGGCAACAGUCGUAACUACGCGGAUUACACCAACGUGUCCGACACGGAAUUUUCGCACCGCCUCGCCCAACUCGCCAACACUUGGGUGUUGGCCGCUCAGGUCUCGGCCGACACCAUGUCAUUUCCGGACCUGAACCGCCGCCAGGUGGGUGUGAUCUACACCGACGCAGAGGCCGUGUACGUCGUUUCGAGGCCCUGGCUGGCAGUCUACUGCACCUGCACGGCCGUCAUGGUUCUCGCGGCCCUCGUCGGCAUAGCCUGCGUCAUCAACACCACCGUCCCGGACGUGUUAGGGUAUUCUUCCACCCUCACUCGCGAUAGUAGGUUCUUUGACUUCGCAAGAGGGGGGAGUACUCUAGACGGUAUCACUCGUACCAAAUUGUUGAGUCAUGUACGAUUGAAAAUGGGCGAGACUCGAGCAAAACCAAGCCCAAACGAUGAUGACCAAUACGACGACCCUCGGUCAGGCGGAACAGGAGUAGGGGGAUCAGGAGCAAGUGACUCUCACUCUCAAUUUCGGAAUGACUUUGUCAAUGACUUUACUUAUAAUCCUACCCCUGACAGAUCUGCUGGCAAGGCGUCAUCGUCACUCGCAAUUGCUCCGCCAGAGUAUCUGACAGGCUCGCCAAAAAGGGGCAUGCUUUAUUCUUGACGGUGCACAUGUACCCGUACUGUUGUCCAUGAAGGACGAGAGCCUGAAAAGAAAAAAAAACCAUGGCUUUUGGAAUCCAAAGUUAUAACGUCGCAGAUUGCUGCCUAAUAAUUGCAUUACACUACAUUGAAACGAAAUGAACUGAACGAGAUAAAAUAAAGGGCGGGGUCCUGGAAACAAAUAUAUAGAGUCAUUUGUACAGUACAGUAUACUAUAAUAUUUGUUCAC